GGGGUGGGGGGUGGCUGGCUGUGUGACUGAGGCCGAGUCCCUUCACCUGCCUGAGCCUGAAUGCCCUCAUGCGCAGGGACCAGGGAGGCUGGCGUGGACCUCAGCCCUGACCCGGGGGAGGAGAGUGAGGGUGUGUGUGCCUGCAUAGAAACUGGGGGAGCUGGGAGGACCAGGGAGGUGCCCCAGGCUGUGGCCACACAGUCUGACUCGGAGCAUGCCCCUUCCUGUCCGAGUGUGCCCAGCCACCAGCUUUGGCUUAAAGGAAUGUCUCUCCUGCCGUCUUAUGCUGUGUGCAGGCACCAGGGUUAGCCCGACAGACACUGAGACCCAAGACUCAGACCCUUCCUGAGGCCUGGCCAGGUGCCGGCAUGUGGCUGUGUGCUUCCCUCACAUCCUUCUUUCAGAAGCACUGUGAGGUGGGCUCUCCUCCCCACUGCACAGAUGGAAGACUGAGGUCUAUGAAGGCAGGGUGGUGUCCGGUCUACACCCUAGCGGAUGGUACAGCCAAGCCCACAAUGGUCUGUCUUUCUGCUGCACCAGCUGCCUCAGAGUGAAGGCCUGGGCAGGGGCCAAAGGGGCUGCUGUGGACCUUGGAGUGGGAGAUUUUACGCCCCAGAGGCAAGGAGGUGGCAAUGCCGUGCGGGGACCUGCAGGAACCAGCUUGGUUCUGGAGGGGAACUCGCAGUCCAGAUGGCACCAGGAGGCAGCUGAGACCCAGCGGUGUAGGACUCUGCCCCCAGCAUCUGGCCUGAGUUGGGGUGAUGCUGAAGAUGCUGACCUUCUUCCAAGGACUCCCAGGCCAGCAGCCUGUGUCCGGGGCCCCUGACUUCCCCAGAAGCCCCCAGAAGUUGCCCUCUACCUCAGAGGCAGAGUCCGAGGCCUCCAUGUCGGAGGCCUCCUCCGAGGACCUGGUGCCACCUCUGGAGGCCGAGGUGGCCCUGGACAGGGACGAAGAAGAGGCCGGCAAGAAGAAGAAGAAGUCGAAAGGCCUGGCCACCAUGUUCAGCAUCUUCACCAAAGGGAGGAAGAAGAAGGGUCAGCCCAGCUCAGCAGAGACUGAGGGCGAGUCUGAGUGCAGUCCGCGGCCACCUGGCCAGCUGCCCACAGUGGAGGAGCUCAAGGUCGACCUGGAGCGCGGGCGGCUGGAGGCGGCGGGGCCGCUGCUGGCGCUGGAGCUGGAGCUGCAGGAGGCCGCGGCGGCGGGCCGCGCGAGCGAGGAGGAGCUGGUGCGGCGCCAGAACGCCGAGGGCCGCACGGAGGCCGAGCGCGCUUUCCUGCACAUGGGCCGCACCAUGAAGGAGGACCUGGAGGCCGUGGUGGAGCGCCUCAAGCCGCUCUUCCCCGCCGACUUCCACGUGGUGGCCGCCUACGCCGAGAGCUACCACGCGCACUUCGCGGCCCAGCUGGCGGCCCUGACGCAGUUCGAGCUGUGCCCGCGCGACACCUACAUGCUGCUGGUCUGGGUGCAAAACCUCUACCCCAACGACAUCCUCAACAGCCCCAAGCUGGCUCCCGAGCUGCAGGGAGUCAGACUCGGGACCCUCCUGCCCCCGACGCAGAUCCGGCUGCUGGAGGCCGCGUUCCUCUCCAACGAGGUGGCCAGCGUGAGGGAGCUGACGGCCCGAGCUCUGGAGCUGGAGUCGAACCGCUGGACCCAGGAUGUGGCCCCGCAGAGGCUGGACGCCCGCUGCCACAGUGAGCUGGCCAUCGACAUCAUCCAGAUCAUCUCCCAGGGCCAUGCCAAGGCCGAGAGCAUCACCCUGGACCUGGGCACACAGAUAAAGCCCUUGCUGUUGGUUGAGCUGGCCACGUUCCUCAGGAGCUAUCAGCGCGCCUUUGAUGAAUUUCUGGAGAGAUGCAGACAGCUGCGAAAUUACAGGGCCAAUGUCAUCGCUAACAUCAACAACUGCCUGUCUUUCCGGACGUCCGUGGAGCAGAAGUGGCAGACGCCACCAGACCUCCAGAGCUCCCUGCUGAGCCCCCUGAACGAGCUCAAGAGCCGCGGCUUUGAUACCCUGCUGCAGAGCCUGUUUGGGGGCCUGAAGCCUCUCUUCAAGAGGUUCACGCAGACCCGCUGGGCCGCCCCCCAGCAGACCCUGGAGGAAAUCAUCUCCGUCGUGGCCGAGAGGAUGCCCGAGUUCUCGGAGCUGCAGGACUGCUUCCGGGAGGAGCUGCUGGAGGCCGUCCACCUGCACCUGGUGAAGGAGUACAUCGCCCGCCUCUGCAAGCGGCGCCUGGUCCUCAAGACGGCAGAGCAGCAGCAGCAGCUGGCGGGGCAUGUCCAGGCCAACGCCCAGCUCAUCCAGCAGUUCUGCACCCAGAACGGUUCCCCGGCCACCUGGCUGCACCACGCCCUCCCCACACUCGCCGAGAUCAUUCGCCUGCAAGACCCCAGUGCCAUCAAGAUUGAGGUGGCCACCUAUGCCACCUGGUACCCCGACUUCAGCAAGGGCCACCUGAGUGCCAUCCUGGCCAUCAAGGGGAACCUGUCCAGCAGUGACGCCAAGAGCAUCCGGAGCAUUCUGGACAUCAACACGGGGGCGCACGAGCCCUCCAAGGCCCUAUUUUCACUUAUAAAGGUUGGUUAGCUUUUCCUGCAGCCUGCCCUCCUCAGGAGCGCCUGGCGAGCAUGGGACACCACUCCAUUUGGGGGCCGUCAGACCAGCACCAGCGUCACAGCCCCACGCGGCCCCUCCCGGGGGUCUUGCCUUCUGCUGCUGCUGCUGCUGCUGCCGCCCAGGCCUGGCCGCGGUGUGGGCCCCUGGGCCGCUGGAACUGGACAAGCCGUGGCGUGUUGACCCCUCCUGUCGGGACAGGAGCCGUGGGGGGAACUCUGUGGAUCACAGUGGAGCUUGCACGGCCUGAAGGAGGGGUCAGGAGGGUGUGUGGCUCAGGGACCCAGCUCUGGGAUCACCGCCUGUCUGCGGGCUCCUGCCACGCCUGCCCGAGGACCGCCCUCCUCAGGCUGGGUCUCUGGCCUCCCCAGCUCCUGACAGGGGCCCGAGCCUCACCCCUCCUGCCUCCUCUGGUUCAGGGAUACGUCGAGCCAGGCUCAGCCUGUGGGUGAAACAGAAGGAAGAACUGGAGGAGGAAAAAGGGAAAGAUGAACUCUUGUCUGGGAAGGGGUGGGGGGACAGGAAAAGGGCCUGUGAGAUGACAAGGCAUGCGGGGGCAAAGCCAGCGUCCGAGCCCCUGACCCCCUCUCUGAUUCCCCUCGGGUGUCCCCUGAGGAUGGGCCCGGGAGGGCCAGGACCUGCUGGGUUUUCCCAAGCUCUGCCCCCCCCCAACAAGGGGCAGGCCCGGGGACGCCUCUGUGGGUCCUCCCCUGGAAGUCAGGCUGAGGUCGGGGCAGGGCCAUCUUGACCUCUGACCCCUUGGCCUCUGGGUGAGUUCCCUGUUGCCGCUCUAACAAACUUCCACAGCCUGGGAGCCUAAAAUGCAAACUUGCCUUUCAGUUCUGGAGGUCAGCAGUCUGACGUAGGUCUGGUGGGCUGAGCUGGGCGGGUUCCUCUGGAUCUCUGGCGGGGAAGUUCCUUGCCUUUUCCAGUUUUUAGAGGCCAGCCUCCCAUAUUUCUUGGCUCGUGGCCCGCUUCCAUUUCCAAAACCAGCAACAGCCAGUCAAAUCCUUUUCGUGUCUCAGCACUCCCCUCCUACCUCCCUCUUCCGGUUUAAGGUCCCUGGUGGUGACCUUUAACCCACCAGACAAUGACCUUUGACCUACCCAGGCAGUCCAGGAUCCUCUUCUGAUGCUCAGGUCAGCUGAUUAUUAAUUCCGCUUGACAACCUUAAUUCCUCUGCUGUGGAAACGAACGUGGUCACAGGCCCAGGGCUUAGGAUGUGGGCAUCUUUAUGGGAUGGACAUUAUUUUGCCCGCCACAGCCUUCACCCAUCCCCCGCCCUGCGGGGUGCCUCAUCCUACCCAGGAAAGCACAGGUUCAGUCACCCUCCUCUGCCUGGGGCAGCUGAGACUCAGGUGUGACCCCGCCCCGCCUGUGCCUGUGACCCGGUUUGCAGCUGGCUCUGUUGGACUUGUAGCCCUCUUUCCCAGGUACUGUGGCCAGAAAUUGGCCCAUGUAAAUGGUGCACGAAGGCCUUUGUACAUUUGUAGAAGUUUGCAUGUUUGGUGUUAUUAUUAUUUUUUGAUAGUAUGCUUUUGUAUUUUUUUUAAGAACAAACUCUUGGUUUUUAUAGCUUAAUAUAAAGCUGAUUUCAAAAGUG